AUGUAUUCCGUUGGAGGAAGCAACGGCGACAACAGCGGCAACAGCGGCAGCAGACGUAUGAAUUAUUACGUGCCGAUUCCCGAUGUUGAAACUCCAACGUGUGAAAACAACAUUUCGUUGGAUCGUCGCGCGGUUCGUAUACUCAGCAGACGAUACGCGCUGACAGCUACGGAAUACAAAUUCCUCGAAAUUGGUAUCAACGUGGGUCCACCGAGCUACGUGGAGAUCGCCAUUGGAGAUUCUCGCCGAGGAAAGGAACUGCUGUUGUCUCUCGAAACGUGGAAGGCGCUAUACGAGCAACGGCAAAAUAUUCAGAAUUUCUUUCGCAAUGACUUCAAAGAUAUCCAUAGUUUUAUAAACGUUGGACCGCUAACG